AUGGACCGAAAAAUCAACCAGCUCUCUGAGGAGAAUGGGGAUCUUUCCUUCAAGGUGGAGCAGUUGGAGAUAAUCCAGAAGGACCAAACUAAGCAGGUGGAUGAGCUGAAUAAAAAGCUGACUCAGCAUGAGAAGGCCACCUGGACCCAGCAGCAGAGAGUUAAAACAACAGCACUGGAAGGGGAGCUGCAGGCAGCAGUCACAAGCCAUCAGGAGAAGGUGGCAGAGCUGCAGGUGCAGCUCGCCCAGAAGGAGCAGGCAGCUGAGCACUACAAAGGGCAGAUGGAGAAGGCAAAAAGUCAUUAUGAUGCCAAGAAGCAGCAGAACCAGGAGCUAUCAGAGAAGCUGAAGGCCAUGGAGCACUUGCAGGAAGAGAACACAGAGCUUCAGAGCAAAUCAGAGAGGCUGGCCAAGGAGCUACAGGAGAGCAUCCUGCAGGCCAAGGAGUCUGAGAUGAGCUGCAAGACUCUUACCAGCCAGAUUCGCAGCCUGGAAGCUCAGGUGCAGGAACUCAGCAAGUUCCAGGAGAAGACUGCCACAGUAAAGGGACAUGAGGCUUCCUUUGAGAGUGUGGCUGACCAGAGCACUGAUCGCCUCAAUGAGGCACAGCAGCUCAGCUCCCCCAGGAAGGCUGCCAGCUCUCAGCUGGAAGUCUCAGUGGUGCCGUCAGACAGUGAAGAGUCACUGCUGUCUCAGCGGCUGCCCCAGACAAAGUCAUCCCUGGAGAGUCUCUACUUUACUCCCAUCCUCUCUGAGAGGCGGUCACAGCUCCAGAGCAGCGCCAACUUCCCGGGAGACUUCUCGCUCGACUCCGGCUGCAAGACCCGCUCUGCCCGGCGCCGCACCACCAUCAACAUCACCAUGACAGAUAAACAGGCAGAGCCCGAGGAACUGGUCUGCAUCAAGAACAUCCCAUUGGCUCAUUCCACAAAAACAUCUUCCCCUGCUAAGGGCCGUCUGCGCUCAGGUGCCUCCACCCGCUCCCUCACCAGCUUCUCCUCCCAGGAAACCCUUGCAAAGCUGGAAGCCUCCUCCCCAGAGAAGACCCCUGGCCAUUCAGUACUGCUGGGCCUCCCUGGGUACCGACCAGUCACCCGUAGCUCCCUGCACUUGCAGCGGACCAGCAGCUCUAGCCUUGGCCAGAGCACCAUGAAGCUGGGCAUGUGCCAGGAUGAGCCAGAGCAGAUGGAUGACUGGAACCACAUUGCAGAGCUGCAGUGGUUACACCACUAAGUUUCAGAGGGAAAAAGAGGGAUCGGGAGGGAGCCCUGUGUCCUGCCCCAUGCUGAGCUAAUGGUCCUGCUCCUCUUUUGCAGGCUCAGAGGCGCCAGUCGAUGGCAUUCAGCAUCCUCAACACCCCCAGGGAGCUGGGGAGGUGCCUGCUGUGCCGGGCAAUGGCCCAGAGGAGCACUCCCACAGCCUCCAGCGGCACCCGCCGCUCAUCCCACAUUGCCACCGCCACGAUCCCAAAGGGCAAGGCCAGUCGCCAGUCGCGCAAGGACAAGCGAUCCUGAGGUUUUCCCAGUCCCUGUGUGCUGGCUCUGCCCUGGCCUCCCACCUGCACCCCCUCACCUCCUCCUGCCCCCCCAGGGCCCAGGAGCACUGAGGGUGAACAGGUGGGGCCACCCACACGACUGCCUUGCAUAUCCCACUGACAACUGUGGGGUGCCCUGGGCACGGCAAGGCCCCCUUGCCCUUCCUGUACCCAUUGUCAUCCUAAACCCUUCCGGGACCCAAGGCAAGGGGAUGCACAGAGGGUGAGGGCUGGAAAUACACAGGGGUGUGGGGGCUGGCACCAGGCUGCAGCUGGAGGGGCUGAGCUCUCCCCAGGGAUAUUCUGCAGCCUCGGGUACAGGGACAGAGGUGAAACUUAGCAUCCCUCGGGUCACCACCUUUGCUCCCUGUGUGUGGGACCCCCCCAACCUGCCCGGUCCUCCUCUUCCUCCCAGGGAAGUUGAGGCAGCAUUUUUA